AUGGAUGCCCUGCACGUGGCUGGGAUCCGCUUUGCUGAGGUGCUGCAGUCAGGGCCACCCUGGCUGGAGAAGUUCUGGAUCUCCAUCACUUCCCUGGCUGAUCCCAAAUGUAUCUACACCACCUGCUUCCCUCUUGCCUAUUUUCUGGACCCCAAGGUGGGGGUGUCUGUGCUGUGGACUGGGUUGGUGGCUGAAUGGCUCAACGUGGUCCUCAAAUGGUUCCUCUUUGGGGAGCGCCCCUUCUGGUGGCUGCACGAGUCGGGGCUGGGCGGGCAGGGGCUGCUCACGCUGCGCCAGUUCCCGGUGUCCUGCGAAACGGGACCGGGAAGCCCCUCGGGCCACUGCAUGAUCACCGGGGCAGCCCUCUGGCCUCUGGUCACCUCCCUGAUGGCGCUGGCGUCCGAGAGCUCCCGGAGCCCCUUCGCCUCGCUCUGCCGGGUGUCGGGCAGUGCCCUGGGGCUGGGACUGGCUGCCCAGUGCUCCCCACCCCCGGGGGAGCCCCUCGACCUCCGGCAGCGCCUGCUGGGGGCGGUCCUAGCCUUGGGGGUCCUGCAGGGGCUGCACCAGCUGCCCCAGCCUUCCGGGACCACCCUCUGGUACGGCACCAACUUCUUCAAGUACACGGUGGGACCCUGGUUGGUGGCAUCUCUGCUGCCCUGGUUCCUCAGCUACCCGCGGGAGGCCCUGCACAACGAGUAG